AUGGCAGUGUGGGAGUCGCCAGUGACUCGAGACCCCAGCGUUGCCUCCGCACCCAAGGCCGCCGUCGCCCUGGAGAUGAGCUGCCCCCCCGCGGGGCCGGUGCAGGGGGAGUGCUGUGGCGGCUGCCACCCCCAGCCACUGCUGACCCCUCCGCUGAUGCCCAAUCCGACAAGAGAGGACCCCUGUCCCGCCACUGAUGGUCUGAUGGAGGAGAUCGGCUCUCAGGACUCAGCGAUGGAGCUGCCUGUGGGUGACAGGAAGGGGGAGCGGCUGCCCUUCCAGAUUUUCCCGGACCCCGUGGAGGUGGUGGGGACGGAGGGCUCCCUGAGCUGCCCGCAGGAGCGGGAGCGGCUGCCGUCCAUCGUGGUGGAGCCCACGGAUGUGAGCGAGGUGGAGAGCGGGGAGCUGCGCUGGCCCCCCGAGGACAUGGACUUCGAGGACGAGGAGGACCUCUUCCUGGAGCAGUGCAUCCCGCCCGCCAACAUCGCUGACUGGGGUGACGACGAGGACGAGGAGGAGGAGGAGGAGGAGGGGGAAGAGGAUGAUGACUCGGCGGAUCUCCAGUCAGAUGAGGAAUUCAGGGACAGCUCCUCCACCUUGCUGCACGACAGUGCACCAGCUCUAAACUAA